AUGAGCGCCACAGCUACGGCAAUCCACCCCUCGAUGUCGGCUGGCCCGAUCAACCAAGGGGGUUCGGGAAUGACGGCAGACUCGUUUGGGCAAUACAUCAAGCUAGAACCGGGGGCGGAAGGUGAAGCAGGCAGCGGACAGGGGAACGAGCAAGACAGGAGAGGGAGUGAUGGCAGUGGCAGUGGCCAAGGCGGUGGAUUAGCACAGUUCUCAGGCACCCACGGGUUGCUUGCCUCGCCAUUGUUUGCCUCACCGACAUCUGGGGAGCGUGGGCAGGUAUCGACGGUAUCGUCGAGCAGGAUACAAAUCAAAGAGGAGGUCUCUUCCUCUAAAAAGCAACAACCCCUCCAACCGCCUUUAGGGAGCGGGUACAUCUCGACGGGACUGUUCAAACCAAAUUCGACUUCAACGUUGACUACUGCUUCGAAUACCACGAUAAGCCCCCUUCGAACUCGCCUCGGGGCCCUCUGCACCAAACUCCGCGACAAGGCAGCUACGCUAAAAGAAUCCCGGCCCUGGUCGCCCAUCUCGCCGUCAAUUUUCCUGUUGUCCGCCGCGACGCCAACAGAGGCGAAGACCGGAAAGACACAGUUGCCGAGUGCGAUGUCUCUGGGUGGUCAGAUUCAGGACCAGAGUCAAGAUCAAGGUCAAGGUCUGGGCCAGGGCCAAAGCCAAUAUCAAAGGCAAGAGCCAGAACAAAAGGGGCUUGACGGCCAAGCAGGGUUGAAUUCAGGAGUUCUGGAGGACCCAUUCAGCACGGGAACCAUGGAUAUCACGGGCAGUGCUGGCAGCAACGACCUCAUCCGGCCUCUUCCAUACACCCCCGACGGUCUUCCGGUAUCCAUAGCUGAGAGCUGGCAAUUACCAAUGCCGACUACAAACGACAGCCCCUGGGCAUCUGCCGAGUACCUCGGGGCACAAGAAACCUCCCACUGGUGGGAUCCCGCCCUUAACAUCAUGGACACCGAGACCGAAACAGAUUUCUCCGUUCCCAUCACCACGUCCACCUCGCUCCCCUACCAUACCCUCAACGCCCAUGCCAUCAACGCCCACAGUGUCGCCUUGAACAACGCCGCAAACAGCCUCGCAAAAACCUUCGUCCCGCCGACCACCAGCUUCGACUACCCUCUCUCCCUGUCUCUGUCUCUAUCACAACCAGACAUCAACACACACACCAACACAAGCACAACCACAAACACAGACCUCCUCCUACACAUGCCCCAGCCCCGCAGCAGCAUCUCCCCAGCCCAGACCCUCCUCCGCGGCGACACUCCCCGGCCGCCGACAACCACAACGACAGACAGCCGCCGCCGGUCCUCGCGAUCUCGCCGUCCGUCUUCAGGAGGAAUCAAACACCAUCGUCAUCCAUACCAUCACUACAACAACUCAGUUCUUGCCGCGCAGAGGGCCCAGAGGUCUUCAUCUUCCUCGUCUUCAUCUGCCUCACCCUCGCCGAAGAUGUCUGUCCUGGCUGGUCCGCCGCAUGCACAUCUGCGCGGUCACCAACAGCAGCAUCGACGGAGUGCGAGUGAGAGCGCGUCUGCGCAGACACUUCCCGGUAUGGGUAUGGGUAUAGGAAUGGGAAUCGGCAUGGGAAUGACCUCAGCAUCAUCCUCCUCGACCUCAUUACCCCUAGGGUAUCCCCUGCCCCCGACACAGAGCCCAUCACAACAGCCAGGACUAGGCCGGUCCUCAUCGGGCUCCCCCUCCCCCCCACGCAAACCCAAACAACCCAACUCCCGAGACACCAACAACCCCAACCCCAACAACCCUAACCCUCACUCCCACGAUAAAGAAAAAUACUCAGACAACACCAAAGACGGCUUCGUAAACUACACCCCGCACGACAGCGCCCUGCUAAUGACAGGUGUCGCACCCUCCGGCAGUUCCAAAACCAAAGCCCGGCGUGAAAGGGAGGCGGCUGAGCGGCAGAGGGCGUUUCGGGAGAGGUUGGCGAGGGCGGUGAGGGCUGCUGGGGGGGAUGUGAGGCGGUUGGGGGGGUUUGAACGAAGUAAAGCUGGGGAUGGGAUGGGUGAGGGGAUGAAUUUGGAUUUGGACGGGCAGAUGGAGAUGGAGAUGGGGUAUGAGGUGGGUGGGGGUGUUGAUGGGGAUGUUGAUAUGGAUGGGAAUGGGAAUGGGAGGGUUAAUAGGGGGCCGGGAAGGGCAACGGGGAGUGGGCUUGGGAAGGGUAUUGGCGUUUAG